GAGCUCUCCAUCCUAACGGAGAAGCUGCAGAAGGUCAACGAAAAUCUGGAGACGAAGAUCCGCACGAGAAAUGAGCAUGAGAAGUUCAUCCAGGACAGGCCGAUCCGCCGACACCUUGCUGGCAUUUUUGCCUUCAAGAUAUGCCUGUUAGCUCCAGAGCUCCAGAGCUGUUGCGACGAAAAG